AUGACACGCAUCAUACUAUUUCUACUAUUCAUAGUUAAACUAAUAUCAUGUCAAGAUUAUUUUCAGUUUGAUGAUAUAAAUCAAAACACUUUAUCCACAAAUCUCACCAAUGAUUCAAGUAUAAUUAUUGAACAUUUCACACCAAGAGGUCAAUCAUCAGAAGGAUUACAAGAAUUCACUCCUAUUAGAGAUACAAUAAUUCAAUCUGAAACAAAAUAUUAUUCAUUCAGUGUAAAUACACAAUCUGGUCUUGGUGAUUUCUAUGAAUUAUUAAUCUUUUUAAGUGGAAAUAUAUGUAAUCAACCAGAUAAUUUACAACCUAAUGAAACAUCAUUAGCAGUUUAUUAUUCAUUUAAUUCAACAAUGUUUCAAAAUAAUCAAAUUGGACAAAUGAAAUUAUUUGAAAAUGGGUUUUUCCAAGCUUUGACUCAAUUAUCUAUUCCAGAAGAUGAUAGUCAAAAAAAUACACCUGAUGUAUUAUAUAUUGCUGUUAGAGCACCUGAAAAUACUAAUAGAACUUCUCAAUGGACUUAUCAAAUUGGUGUUUCACAAAAUGAUUUAGUUUUCCAAUGGGAUGAUAGAUCUUGGGGUUCAUUAGUUGAUGUAGAUGAUAAUAGUGCCUUAAUUACAACUGGUAAUAUAUCUUCUUUAGUUGCUGGAAAUUAUCUGGAAUUAAAUAUAACCGAUUCUCAAUUUUCAUUAUAUUUAUAUACUGAAGAUUAUAAAGAUUAUUUUGCAGGAAUGAAUAAUAGUUGGUGUGCUGUUAGAAAUGGACCCGUUCUUGUUAAUCCUACAGAUAUUGAAACUAGUUUCACUGAUAGACAUGGUUUUUUUCAACAACAAUUUCUUGUCAAGGGAUUAAAUGCAAGUACUAAAUAUAUUGCUUAUAUAAUUAUGGAUGUUAAUGGGAUUGAGUUUGGUGGGGCAGUAUAUCAUCCUUUUGAAUUUGAAACCAUGGAUGGUAAUGCUUGUGAAUUAAUUUAUGAUUUAGAAUUCUGUGAUCAAGUGGCUUACAGUGUUCCUGCUUUAGGUAAUCGAGUAGAUGAUCUUGAUGAUAAUAAGAAUUAUACAAAGAAAUUAUAUGAUGACUAUGCUAAAUCAUUAUAUGUAAAUUUUUCCAAAGGUUUGCAACAAAUUGCUUGUAAUACCACAUCUGAUGCAGAGUUUUCUAAUUUACGUACAUGUGAAGAUUGUGCUGAGAGCUAUAAGAAUUGGCUAUGUUCUGUUACAAUUCCACGAUGUUCAACAAAAAAUAAGACUGGGUAUAUUCUUAGAAAUUCAAGUAAUCAAAGAAAUAGUUUUAUUGCUGAUACAAUUAGUCCUAUUGAAAAUUAUUAUGAAGUUCUACCAUGUGUUAAUGUUUGUCAAGCAAUUGUGAGAGAUUGUCCUGCAGAUUUUGGAUUUAUGUGUCCAACAACGAAUGAUACAAUUAAAUUGAGUUACUAUUGGGAUACAGGUGAAGUUCAAGAUCAAUGGCCUUCAUGUAAUUAUGUUGGUCAUUAUAUUGUUCUGACCAGUGCUGCAUUACAACAAAUUUGCAAUUGGUCAUUAUUCGUUAUGUUUUUAUUUAUUCAAAUUUUCUUAUAA